AUGUCCGCUGGGUGUCGCUGUGGCUCAGGGAAACGGGAAGUAAAUGGAACGGCAGUAAUGGCUUCUGGUUCGGGAUUUCCGCCAGUUUAUCUGGGAAUAGCCAUAGCCGUAAUAUCAAGCUUCAUUAAUGGGUCCACAUUUGUCCUGCAGAAAAAGGGGAUACUACGCUCCCGCCACAAAGGAAGAGCGUACCUGACGGACGCGGUGUGGUGGAGCGGCACGCUGUGCAUGAUUGUGGGUCAGGUUGGGAAUUUCCUGGCAUAUAAUGCGGCCCCUGCGGUGGUAGUCGCUCCUCUGGGAGCCCUGGGAGUGCUGUUUGGGGCUGUGCUGGCUUCUUGGAUCUUAAACGAGCAUUUAAAUAUUCUGGGGAAGCUCGGCUCUGUUUUAUGCUGCUGUGGCUCCGUGGUGCUCAUCAUCCACGCCCCGAAAGCAGAGGCAACGUCGAGGCUUGAGUUGGAGAAGAGGCUCCUCGACCCAGUGUUUGUCACCUACGCCCUCACGGUGGUCCUGCUGCUGCUCGUUCUCAUCGUGUGGGUCGCUCCGGCUCGUGGCACAUCAAACAUCAUGGUGUACGUCGCCAUAUGUUCCCUGCUGGGAAGCUUCACAGUCCCGAGCAGCAAAGGCCUCGGUUUGGUGGUCCCUGACGCGUUCGGCGAGGGGCCGUCGAGCGGCAGAGCCCGGGUGCUCUUCCUGGGCUUGCUGGGCACGCUGGCCAUCAGCAUCCUCACACAGUUCUUCUUCAUCAACAAGGCACUGGAGCGUUUCAGCUCCAACAUAUUUGAAGCGAUUUACUACGUGACAUUCACGUCCACCGUGAUUUUUGCUUCUGCUCUUCUCUUUAAGGAGUGGACCACGCUGACUGUAACAGACAGCCUCGCCAUGCUCUGUGGUUUAACCACGGUGUGUGUCGGCGUCAUUUUACUCCGCAUUUCCCAGGAGGCGUUAAUUAUGUGGAAGAAGAAAGAGGGAAAGUCGGAGUGAUUCAGAUGCCUUUUAGUCCUUCACAUGAUUGUGUGCCAAACUCAGCUUCCUGUAACAGAUUUGACUUGAUUUAUAAAGUCCUAUCUGCAGUUUGAAGGACCAAAACUAAAUAAUAUUUAUGAGUUUAUCCUAAGAGAAUUAAAUUUUUUUUUUUUAAUGGUUUUCUCUGUGUUUCUGAUACCUGUACUGUUUCCUUUAUCUGUGACUAAAUGACUUUGAACUAACUCUGACCAGACAUCUGGUUUGGAGAUGUGGAUGAUGAUGAUGAUGAUGAUGAUGAUGAUGAUAAUAAUAAUAAUGAAGGUCUUGUGCAGAAACACUGAAAAUGCAGGUCCCUGCAGCAGGAAGUCUUUCUGCUCUCAGUCCAUUGAUUGUGAUUCACUCUAAAAUAUCAGCACACCUGCAGACCAAUCUGUGUUUAAAAAAACAAACAGAAGUUGGAGGAGAAAUAGACAAAAUCAUGGCAAGAAACAUUUUCACGAUUAAAAAUCUCACAAGAACACUACUUGAAGGUUAUCGUGGAUCUCAUUUCAAAGUCAAACAUGAGUUCAUUUGUCACUGUUGUGUAAAUAACUGCUUCAUUUCCUCCGGAGUCCCGGCCACGAGGCUUUUAAAAGCCGUCUCGGUUUUUAGAUGUUCAGGGUGCCUGUAAAUUAUUCAGAGUAACUCCAGAAGCUGGCUCUUCAGCUGUGUGGAGGAUUUGUAUCAUCAGUGGCUCUCUGCAGAGGAGAGAUUUGUAAGGCUGAUACCAAAUGUACUGCUGCUCUCCUGUGGCCACUUGCUGUUUACAUGA